AAGAUUUGAACAAGUUAUAAACGGUUUCAGCGGGUCACUAGAGAGGAAAGCUGUUGUGCACGUAGAUAAGUAUUUCCACAUAAAAUUGGGCAUUACCUAUUUUUAGCGAGUUUAUUUUAUGCAAGUAUGCGAUUGAUUUAGUUUUUAAAAUCAACGGAGGAACGAGCAUUCUAUUUCCUUUCGGAGAGUCUGACAACAAAGGCUGCCACCAUGAGCUCGGUUUUGGUGUCAGUUCGCUCCCUCAUGCAGAUGUUUGAUCGCAAGGCAAAGGAGUUCAUCAGUGAGAUCGAUGAGGUCCACAUGGUUUGGCUUGAGGAGAUCCAGCAAGAAGCUAAUCGCAUGUUCUCAAGAGAGUUUAAUGCUGAACCAGAGUUGAUGCCAAAAACACCAUCACAGAAAAAAAAUAGUCGGAGGAAGCGUGUUUCUUUAGGGCGCCAGGAGGAAAAUCAAGCAAGACGACGAUUUUCAAAGGGAAAGCGCAGCAAUCUUCGUGGUUCCUCUGUGAAAUCCCUGAACUUGAUUGCUGAAGAAGAACCCGUCCCCAAGGCUUCUAGCUCUGAAGCCAGCAACACGACACAGCAGAAACGCACCACCCGCAAAAACAAACAGACAAAGCCAGAGGUGGCAGAUGUUGAGAGCCAAUCACCUCCCCGCAGGUGUGACAGAACUGAAGAGGUAGAGAAUAAGAAGCCUGAGCUGGUAGAGGAUGGAGAGGUGGGGGAAAAUAACAAGGAGAAAAGUGCUGAAAAUAAAGCUGAUGAUGCACAUAGUGCUGCUCAGUGUACACCUAAGAUACCAGCACCUGAGGUGGUCGUCAGCAUCUCACCUGAAGAGCGCAGGUCUGCUGAGUUCGCCAAGAACGCAGAUGCUUCUCUCGGACGCACAGCUACUAAGAUUACAAUAGCUGAAACUACUGAAAGCUCAAGGCAGAGCUCUGUGAGGUACUCCCUUAAACUACGUCGCUCGCUGGCUGGUCUCCGGCACAGUAUGACUCAGGAGUCUGUUCGCCGCGCCUCACGCCGCUCUAUGCUGAAGAGGAAGGCGAACUGCAUGGGCAACUCAACAAGCAGCAGUAACUGUGAUGCAGGGGACACUGCGUUUGAGGAGGAUGGAAAAGUAAUAAUAGAGGAUGAACCUGAGGAUGAUGUUGCACAGAAAAGCUCUGAGAACCAAAAAAAUCAGCAAGUGUGUGCAUCUGUUGAACGAGUUACUCGUUCUGUGGCUGCAAACGCUCCCAAACUGGUGACCCCUACAUUGUUUUACAAUCAGCCAAAAGUGAGCACUCCUGUCAAAAAAUCAGCUGCCUUUGAGAAACAAACAUCCCAGGCUGUCCGAAGAUCAAGCCGCAGUACUAAACGCAAAAGUCCAGAUACUGUAGAAUACAGUCCCACCAAGCGGUUUUCUCCUCCCAAGAAAAGCCAAAGUGUGAUGAAGCCCAGCAUGAAAUCUUUCCUCCACACUGUGCAGAAGAAUCAGAUGCUGAUGAUGACUCCAAACUCUCUCGGCCGGACUGCUGUCAUCAAAUCCUUCAUCAAACACACCACUCCUAUUAAAGUUGAUUCUAAACAAAGCAGUGGUAUUGUGACAAAAGAGCUUUUCAAAUUGGAAGCCCUCAAAAAGAAACAGGAACAAGAGGAGGAAAGGAUGAAGAAAAUGGAGGAAGAGAAAAAGAAGAAACACGAAGAGCUGAAGAGGAGGAGGGAUGAGAGGAUAAAAAGGGUGCUUGAGGCUAGAGUCAAGGAAGAGCAGAGGGAAGAAGAAAAGAAAAAGAAAAUUGAGCAAAAGAUGGCUCAGAUUGAUGGGAAAAAUGAUAAGCGCCUGGCUGAGGAGAAGGUCAAGAAAAAGGUGGCCAUGAAGCGUCAAGAAGAGCUGGAACUGAAGAAGAAGUUGGAAGAAGAGGCUAAAAAGAAGAAACUUCAGCAGGAAGAAGAAAAACGACAACAGGAGUUGCUGGCUAAGAAAAAGGCGGAGGAAGAGGAGCAGCAAGCUCGCAAAGCGCUGGAACUGAAGAUGAAGCAGGAGCAGCGUGAGAGGGAGAUGGCGCUGCAGAGAGAACGACAGGCUGCUGCUGAAAGGGAGCGAAUGGAGAAAGAAAAAGCUCUUGCUCUGCAACGCGAAUUGGAGAGAGCAGCAAGAGAGAAAGAGAUGCAGGAGCUAGAGGAGAAAAGAAAGGCACUUGAGGAAAAAAGAAAACUGGAGGAGCAACAGAGACUAGCUGCUAAAGAAAGGGCUCUUAAAGAGAAAGAAGAAGCCAAGCAGAGAGAGGCUGCUGCUAAAGAAAGGGCUCUUAAAGAGAAAGAAGAAGCCAAGCAGAGAGAGGCUGCUGCUAAAGAAAGGGCUCUUAAAGAGAAAGAAGAAGCCAAGCAGAGAGAAGCUGCUGCUAAACAGGCUGCAAAUGCACAGACUUCUGCUGCCCUGAAUGUGACUGUGGAUAUUGAGCGCUCAGUACUAAGCACACCUGUAAGAAACGGUGGUGGUCUAAAUGUGACGGUGGAUCUUACGCAGUCCUCACCACAAUCAUACAUCAUUACUCCAAAGGGUGCCAGUAAACCUCCGGCUGUGUUAAAGAGUAAGGAUGAUUAUGGCAUGGACCAAAACAGCGAUGACUCCACAGAUGAUGAAUCUGCCCCAAGGAAACCAAUUCCGUCCUGGGCGGAAGGUCCCAAUCUGAAGCAGCUAAUUAUGAAGCAAUACUUCGUCCCUCCUGAUUUAGAUUCUUUCUUUGGGAUUAUUGAGCCACCGAAACUGGAGAACAUAUUUUACAAGAGCAAGCCUCGAUACUUUAAACGCACCAGCUCUGCAGUGUGGCAUUCGCCUCCAGCUGGAGCAAAGUGAUGUUUCUAUACUGAUACAGUACUGAUACUGUACACUGUUGUAUAAAAUUUGACUAUUCUUAAUAAAGUUACUUUUUUUCCUU